AUGCUGUUUCAAGAUGAGCCAGAUGAAGACAGUGGCCCUGGUUUGUUCCAAGAUGAGAAGGAGGAAGAUGCUGGGCCUGUCCUCUUUCAAGCUGAAAGAGAUGAGCCAGUGAUUUGCCAGAGACACAAACCUGGAUCACAGAAUGUUUCUCUGAGCCUUCUCAGGGAUGAGCCAGAAGAAGGUGAUCAACAGCCUCCUCAGGUUCUGUUUGGCAUGGAGGCUGAUGAGCUUUCAGAAGACUCCGCGUACGAGGCUGAUGAUGAGGACACCAAGGAUAUCCAAGCAUUGGUGCAGCUCAGUUUUUCAACUCUGAACCAGUUCUUGACAACAAACUUGAUAGGAAAAGGUGCGCGAGAGCCUACAGCUGAACAAGCCAAGAAAAAGCGGCGCUACAACAAUGAAGGUCGUGCAAAAGACAAGGACGGCGAGUUGGCAGACUACUUGCAAGCCAACACUUCGUGUCUGGUGAAUAUGAAUGCAACUGCAGCAUUCACAGCGCCUUGCAAAGCUGUUGCAGAACUUUUGAUGAUCACCCUUGAAAAGGCCAUGGAGAUCUAUCAGGCAAAAGGCAAACCAGCUCCUGAUACACUGACUCUGGUCAGUGACAACACUGUCAAAGAAGUCAAGAAUUCUGUUUGCCUUGGUGUGAUGCUGGUUCUGGCCCAGGUUCACUUGUGCCAUGAUGAUGAGAUUAGUCACACCCAUGAUGUCAUUGGCAGCUCGUACUCGUACUUUUUGCAACUUUGCAGACGGCUAUCUCGCUCAACAAGCAUGAUCGAUGCAGACUCUGUGAAACUCAUCCUGGAAGAUGAACUACGAAAGCCAUCCUUGGCCAAGUGGGUCAAUGGGACGGUUGAUGUCAGGAUCAUCCGCAAGAUCCGGAACUGGAAGGUGGAUUGCUUGUGGAUGCUACGGCAAACCACUAUUUCUUCUUCUGUCGAAGAAGAGGCAGAACACUAUGACACUGACGAGGGGACAAACCACCGAAGAGACAGGCAGCCAGACGAUACAUUCGUGUUGGUGAAAGAGUACAUAUCAUCACCAGACUUGAGACAGUUGCCCUUGUUGGUCCUGACAUGUGAGAGCCGUGCCUACUUGCGGAACUUGGCAGACUGCAGUCUCCCUGUGAAUGAGCUUCCUCAUUUACGAUGGCACGAGGAAGCUCCGGUGAUUGAAGUGAUGCCACAGGACUGGGUCACCUGCUGCCUAAGCUUCCUCUUCAAUGGUUCUCGCUUGUUCAGAGAGCCCCUUGACUUGAAUGUGAUGCAAAAGGCAGAUGGUGCUGGUGUGGACACCUCUCAGCCCUUCCUGGUCGUGAAGAAAGGCUUUACACGGCUGAUACAUGAUGGCAAUGAGUACUUUUGCUUGAGUUGCAUGUAUCUCUACCUUCAUCUUCCCUGUUCCAUCACUGCCUGUACGUGCAUGGAGACAGUUAACUUCGAGGCGAUCCAGUUGAGCACACAAGGGUCCGAGCGCCAACGCAAAGAUGCAACUCAGCUGUACGGACCAAGGACAACUUUUGAUGAGCGACAACAGACUGAGAGUGGACGCGAGCAAAACGAGUCGGAACUUCUCAAUGAGCUUGUUAGUGCUUACAACUCAUAUCGAGCAAACGCUGCGAUCAAGCGGUGGCAGAUCAGUGGUGAUCAGCAGGCAGCAAUUUGGUGCAUUAUCAUUGGGCUCGAUGAUACAUCACGCUGCCUGCUGCGUUCCCACUUGGACCACAACAAGUGGGAAGAGUCAGGCAUCAUUGCUGAUAUUGGCGCAUUGGUCACACCAGAAGCACAACACUUGCACUUUCAAAAGUACAACAUGUGGUGGAGCAACAAUGCCCGUCGUAUGAAAAAGACGAUGCGGUGCCGCCUGCGGUGGUCAGAAGAGCAGUGGACAGCGAAUGUGAACCACUGUUGCAUAUUUAUCUGGGUCCGUGGCCACUGUGAGAAUGAGGCAUUGCUGACAGCGGAGUAUGGCGUGGUGUGCGCCAACUUGUCCCACGAUUACAAGGAAGCUGUCAGCUACAAUCUGAGAAAGAACAAGGCAGAUGUCAUUGAACAAGAAACAGUGUUGCACAUGAGAGACCAGAUCCAAACCGGACUCAAUGUCGCAGAUGCUUUUAUGCAGAAGCGAUUGCUUAUGGUGUGCGCGGACAAGAAUAAGGGUGUGCGCGGACAAGAAUAA